AUGGCGCGCAAUUCCUUUGCCGUGAGCGCUGUCGCCGUUCUGGCAGUCCUCGGCGUGGCAAGCUGCUUCCUGACCGGUCUUCCCCAACAAGGAUCGCAGCCGCCCCGCGCCGCGCCCAAUGCGGUCGAGCACGAGAUGCCGCAGCCGAGCAUGGCCGGCACCUCCUGGGCUGCACCGCUGCUGAGCUUCGGCGCCGCCCUGGGCCUGAUCUUCGGCGUCGUGGCCGCCAAGCCCGCCCGCGCCAUCACGGCGGAGCAGUUCAGCCAGCUCACCUACGCACAGGUGAAGGGCUCCGGCUUGGCCAACCGCUGCCCCACCGUCGAGUCCAACGGCACGGAGGUCCCCGUGAAGGGCGGCUCUCGGCUCGUGAACGUGUGCUUCGAGCCGAAGUCCUUCGCAGUAGAGUUCGAGACCGACAAGGGCAAGGAGUUCGCCACCACCAAGCUGACCACCCGUCAGACCUACACCCUGGCCUUCAUCGAGGGCAGCCUGGAUGCCAACCCCAUCACCUUCAAGGAGCAGGACGGUAUGGACUUCGCGGCCACCACCGUGAAGCUGCCGGACGGCGAAUACGUGCCCUUCCUGUUCACCGUGAAGGAGCUGGUGGCCAAGGGCGAGGGCAGCUCCUUCAAGCCGGGCUUCACAUGGGGUGGCGAGUUCAGUGUCCCCUCCUACCGAACCGGUAUGACCUUGGGUUACGAUCAGGCCGUGGCCCUGCCGGCCAUGCAGUCCGAUGGUCAGGGUGGCCAGGACGAGCUCUUCAAGGAGACCAACAAGGUCUUCGACCUCGGCAAGGGCGUCAUCGAGAUGGAGGUCAACAAGGUGAACCAGGAGCUCGGUGAGAUCGGCGGCGUUUUCGUGUCGAAGCAGCCCUCCGACACCGACAUGGGUGCCAAAGCCCCGAGGACAGUGCUGCUCAAGGGCAUCUUCUACGGCAAGGUCGUGAACGCAUAG